GGAUUGGUUGCGUAGUCAGUCCUUUAUGGUGGACUGAAAAGUGGUUAAACGAUGGACUUGUAGAAUUCUUUUCGUACUAUAUUCUUGACNAGACGUUUCCAGAUUGGCGAAUAAUGGAUACCUUCGAAGUCGUUUCUUCUCAAUAUGCGAUUUUUUUUGACGACAAUGCUGAUGUUAAUAGACCUAUAACAUCAAAAGUUCAAGAAAUUAACAGUCCUCCAGAAAUUGCUUCUUUAUUUGAUAGCUGGUCUUUUUACGGCACAAGUCGCACAGCAUCUAAUUACCUGCGCAUGGUACGACACAUCUGUAGCAAAGAUGUAUUCCAAAAGGGUAUUAUUAAAUAUUUACACGCCCAUCAGUUUGGCUCAGCUACUUCCGACGAUUUAUGGAAAGCUUUUCAAGAAGCAUUAGACGAAUCGGAUGUCCCGCAUAACGAUUAUAAAGUCAAAGAUGUAAUGGAUACAUGGUUAAAAAGAAGUUAUUGUCCUGUGGUACGUGUGACUCGAAAUUACGAUAAUGGCGACGUAAUACUGACUCAAGAACAUCUUCGCUCGAAAAGAGAAAAAAACCCUCUCGACAUCAAAUUGUGGCUACCCAUUACUUUUGCCACAAAAUCGAAUCCUGAUUUCUCUAANACUUUGCCCACUCAUUGGUUGAAACCGCAUGAUCAGAAUGUAACUAUAAAAGGAAUUGAUCCAAAUGACUGGAUCAUCGUCAACUUGCAAGCAAUGGGAUAUUAUCGCGUUAAUUACGAUUUGGACAACUGGUUAAAACUUUCCCAGUAUCUCGACUCGGAUGAUUAUGAGAAAAUACACGNGCUGAAUCGCGUGCAAAUCAUUAAAGAUGCCGAGUAUUUUAUAAAAACGAAUCAGCUCAAUUUGACUACGUUUUUAGAUGUCGCAAAAUUUUUACGACGAGAAACAUAUUAUAUACAGUGGUGGUAUCCCAACAGUACAAUCAAAAUUAUUAAAGCCAUGACAGAAGUAGGUACAACUACAUUUAGUACUGAUUUAUACUGAUGUAUACUGAAAGUCUUGUUGACUAAAAGAUAAAAAACUUUGGAUAGUAAAUCUACAAGCGUCACAUGUAUGCAUAUAUAUUGUUUAUCUGUAUAUCUGUUUAUGCUAUUACUGUUAUUAUAAAAGAAAAAGUCAUAUUGGGAAGUAUAGGGGCACUGGGUAAAUACUAUAUAAUAAAAAAUAUG